AUGGUCGCUCCUCCUAACAUCGGCGUCGCCGAUCUUCCAGCAGCACUCGAACGGAUAAAAAGCCAGCAGGAACCUCCUGCGGGAGGAGGACCCAAGGGGCCGAUAACGGAGGAGGACAUCAGGAAUGCCAUCUCGGACAGAGAGAUCAUUGAUGUCACGACUCCAAGCGAUGGAGAAGAGGCAGAGACUGAAGCUAGAGCGACACUAACAGCCAAGAAACACACAGAAAACAAAGAACAGGAAGCAGAAGUGGAAGCUAUGUCGGACACCUCCGAACCACCACGCGACAACAAACCCGUGGCUCGAAAAGCUCGUGCUACCCUCAGAGAAAACCCGUGGCUCGAAAAGCUCGUGCUACCCUCAGAGAAGAACACGGAAGAUGACGAAAUGAACGGUGUAUCCGGCUUUCGAUCGCGAAAACGACUCACAAAUGAGUUCUUCAUGGGCAUCAAGAAUAGCGCAAAUGACCCUAAGAAGACAGACACGUGGGAUAUUCACUUCAGGAGUCCGCAUUGUCCGCAGUUCCUGGAAGAAAAAGGGUCAUCAACUGAUUAG